UAUCAAUAUUCUUAUAACGCGUACGUUAUUCUUUAAACAAAAUUAAAUGUUAAAAUGUUUGAAGAAGAAAAGUAUUUUAAAUUGUUGUUUUAUUUGUGAAAAUGUCGAGAAAAUCUAAAUGGAUAACACCUUUCUUAAAACAGUCUUUCGUAACAUCGGGUGUGACAUUGAACCUGGCCGGGCAUGGCAUCUGUAAUGGAUUCGCAGCCAUCCUGCUCCCACAACUUCAAGCACCAGAUUCUUCUAUACCUAUUGACGAUUCCUCAGGCUCUUGGAUUGUUUCCGUCAGUGGCUUUGCUCUUGUCGUUGGCAAUUUUAUUAUUCCUAUAAUUAUGGGAAAAUAUGGCAGAAGAAUUGCUAGUAUGGCGAGCCUCGUCCCCAUGAUAUUAGGCUGGAUAGGUAUCAUCGUAGCAACUAAUAUACCUAUGCUUAUUAUAUCUAGGUUACUUCAAGGUCUAUCAAUGGGAAUGGGAACAACAUUAGGACCGGUACUGAUUGGAGAAUAUACAAGUCCAAAGAAUAGAGGCGCUUUCCUAACAGUCAUAUCUGUGAUGAUCUCCGUCGGAGUACUCAUUGUGCAUACCUUGGGUUCCUACUUACACUGGCAGACGACAGCGGUCUACUGCGCAUUUAUAGCGAUAGCCGAUUUAAUAAUCGUUCUACUGUCACCCGAAUCACCGAGCUGGUUAGCAGAUAGAGGAAAAUACGAUGAGAGUAAGAAAGUAUUCAGAUGGCUACGAGGUGAUGGUGAAGAAAAUGAAUUAGAAAGAAUGAUAACAUCUAGAUUAGACGAAGAAACAAAGAUUGGUGUGAAAGAGACAAAAUCAGUAUUGACAACAUUGAAACAUAGAAAGGAGUAUUUAAGAACUUUAUUUAAAAGGAAAGAGUUUUACAAGCCGAUUGUAAUAAUGAUACAUAUUUACAUAUUAUCUCAAUGGGCUGGAGUAAACAUUUUAAUAACAUAUACAGUGGAUUUACUAGACAGGGUUGUUGGUAAAGAUGUUAAUAUAGCAUUAAUAAUAAUAACUCUAGAUUCACAAAGAAUAAUAUCCAAUAUAAUAGGUGUUUAUUUUAUAAAGAAGAAGAGACGAAGAUUCAUGUUAAUGGUGACUGGAUUGUUAGCUGUAACCGCGAUGCUGGUUACAGCUUUGUAUUCAUAUUUGAAACAGAAAGACCUGCUUUUAUAUGAUCAUCCUUUCAUAGGGAUAUUGUUAUUACACUUUCAUAUGUUAACUGUAGGUUUAGGUAGUUUACCUAUAUGUUAUAUAAUAGCGGGUGAAUUAUUUCCCUUGGAAUUUAGAAGUAUAGCUGGUGGGAUUAGUGUUUUAUUUCAUUCAACAAGUUUCUUUAUAAUUGUAAAAACUGUACCAUUUUUAUUCAAAUGUAUUGGUUUACAUGGAGCUUAUUGUUUGUAUUCAUUCGUAGUUGGUUACUGUUUGUUAAUAUCAUGGUGGUUUUUACCUGAAACCAAAGAUAAGACUCUUCAAGAGAUCGAAGAUGAAUUUCGAGGUGCGUCUGAUAUAGAAAAGACCGUAGAGUUAAUGCCAAUGAAUACAACGUAAAGAUAUAGAAUUAUUAAAUUAAAGAGAAUUGCCAAAGUAGAGGAAGACCUAAGAAAAUGUAGAUAGGUUGUGUAAAAGAUAUGCGAAAGAAGAGACUGGAAAAACAUGUUCAUAGAAAUGUAUGGAAUAGAACUGUGCUGAACUUCUUUAGGAAAUAAGACUGGCUGAUUAUAAUAAAAUAGCGGGAUAUUAUGAAAUAUUUGUAUUAAGAAUUGUAAAAAAAUAUUCCUGUUUAUGAAACUUUUUGGUUGUAGAUUUUCGAUGAUUUGAUGUUUUUUUUCUAUUGUUAUUUAAAGCGGACAUACUACUAUAUUUUGUAAAAGAAAAUGAGUAAACGAAAUUGUAGAAAGCGUAGGUUUUCACAAUUGGAUCGUGUUUUUCAUAGAUAAUAGAAGAGAGGUAAGAAUAUUUUUGUAAAACAUAACGCUGUAUAAACUUACUAGCUUUUUACUGCGACUCCAUAUGUACGGAAAUAAAAAAAUAGUAAGUCGCCAAUGUUUUAUUUCUAUAUUCUACAUCUGUAGCUAACUUCAUCGUGAUCUGUUGAACUGUUUUGGAGAUACAUUCUAACAAACAUCCAUCCAUUCAAACUUAUAAUAUAAGUAAGAAGUAAAAUGAUUACGCACACGUAAUUUAAUACGUAAUUUUUACAACUUCGUUGUGUAUUUGAUUUGACGGAAUGUACUUAGUAAUAAUGUAAAUAUAAUUUGAGAUAUC